AUGGCCGUGGACCGGGCCGAGGAGGCGGCGGCGGAGCCCAGGAAGCCGGCGGCGCAACCGCCGUCGCCGUGGGACUGCGGGAGCCCGCUGUACGACGCGUUCGAGCUCGCGUCGGUGCACCGCGUCCUCGACACCCACCUGAUGGCGCUGCCGUUCGCGCGGCCUCCGCGGCGUCCGUGCGACGCCGACGACGCCGCGGCGGUCCUGGCGGUGGGCGUGGCGAAGAGGGCGACCGCGCGGAGCCGCCGGCGCAGGCGGAGCGCCGUGGGCGUGGCCAAGGCCGCGACGCGGACGGGCAAAGCGGUGCUGCGCUCCAUCAUCUGCGGGUCGGUGGCCUGUGGCCGGAGGCUGUGA